AUGGAAGAGUCAAAAUGUACAAUUGUUUCACAUAUUUUUAAGUUUGGAGAUAAUAAGGAGUUGAAAUAUGUUAUACUAGACCAUAAAACGAAUAAACGUGAAGUUAAAAAUGGUAAAGAAAUUGAAUCUUUUAAAAUGAUUCAAGAUUAUUGGUUAAAAUUUCCAAAAAGUAAUACUAAUUUACAAAAAAAGGAAGUAACUGUCAAAACAGAAAAGCUUCCUACUCCAAUUAUUACUCCAAGUCCAAUAGAAGUAAAACAUGAAAAUAUUCAAAAAGAAGAAAAGCAUGUUAAACAAGAAAUUAUAGUAAAAGCAGAAGAAACACCGAAACAUGAAAAAGAACGUAAAGAAGAAAAGCAUGAAAAAGAAAAACCGGAAAAAACAGAGAAAAACAGCAAAAAAGAAAAACAAACUAAAAGAAAAACUUCGAAAAAGGAUAAAAUGGUCGUUGUCAAACCUAAAACAUCACAACAUAACCUUUGGAAGGAUCAAAUCCAAGUUGAAAUUUUGGGUUACAAAAAUUACGAUAAUAAACAGUACAUUUGCAUCAGAAAUGGCAGUGAUGGGUACAAAUUAGUUGAAUUAAGUGAAGCAAAAAAUAAGUUUCCUGCUCAAUUAGCAACAUUUUUAGAAAACUUCAUAACUUUUAGAGAUGAAGAUACUCUAUGA